AUGCGCGUGCUGAAAUUCACACUCUUAGUCUGCGCUUUCGCUGGAUGUUGGCAACCGUCGUCAUGGACAUCAUUAUUCAAACACAUAAUUUAUAAAACUUACGCUAUGUUUUUAGUCUCCGCGUUGUAUAUAUUUUCGAUAUCUCAAUUUAUGAACAUGAUAUUCAACGUUGAAAAUUCUGAUGAAUUCACCAAUUCUCUAUACAUGAUGUUAACCGUAUUCGUCGCAGGCUAUAAACAAGUUUAUAUGUGGGUAGAUCGCAAAAAUAUUAUGGUAAUAUUCAACGUUCUCAAUGAGAAACCUUUUGCAGCAUGUGAAACACGCGAAGUAAUGAUUCAACAGAAAUUUGAAAAAAUAAUACAAAAUAGCAUAUUGCGAUAUUUAUUUAUCGUCUUGAUGGCAAUUGUAUCGACAAUUUUGACAUCUCUUGUUACGGAGUUCAAAAAAGGAAACUUGACAUAUAAGGCAUGGGUACCGUUCGACUACUCAUCCUUUGUUAUAUAUAUUCUCGUAUACAUUCACCAACUGAUAGGCAUGGCAACCUCCGGUAUAGUAAAUGUGGCUUGCGAAGGUGUAAUUUGUGCACUUUUGUUGCAUAUUUGCUGUCAGCUUGAAAUUCUGGAGUAUCGAUUAACAAAAAUGACACAAAAUCAAGACAUUCUGCGCGAUUGUAUUUCUCAUCACAUUCGUAUUUUUGAAUAUGCGUACGCGGUGAAUAAUAUGUUUGCGAAAAUAAUCGCUCUUCAAUUCGCGGUGAGCAUGUUGGUGGUGUGCUCGAAUUUAUACCGAUUAGCAAUGGCGACAGAUUACGUGACCCUUAUUUCAUUAUCGUUGUACACAGGUGCCAUUCUGACACAAAUUUUCAUCUAUUGUUGGUUUGGGAACGAGGUCAAGAUGAAAAGUCUUCAAUUGGCGAAUAAUAUUUAUAAUAUGGAGUGGUCGAUGCUUAAUAAAAGCAACAAGAAAGGUCUUCUAUUAAUUAUGAAACGCGCCACAAUUCCCAUUGAAUUUAAUAGCAUGUACAUAAUCACGAUGAAUCUUGAGUCAUUUGUAGCUUUGCUUAAGAUGUCAUACUCGGCUUUCAAUUUGCUGCAUCAAACGAGUGAAUAA